CUAAACUCUUCCCUUCCUGCCUGCUUUUUUCUCUCCCUGCCCUUUCCUUUCUUUUAGGUUUUUCGCUUCCAUCCACUCUUCCUCCGCUACCAUGCGAACUUCUUUAAAGCUACGAUGCUUCGAAGUGUCCAUCCACAAACGCUUUUCCAUUUUGUGCUUACCAACCAGGUUGCCUGGGAGGCUCUUGACCACGAUGACAACAAAAAAUUCGUUUCGGAGACUAAUGAUGGCCAGCCUGGUUUAGAGAUUGGCUUCCAUGUUCCGAUAAAACCUGAUAGCCGAGUCAUCACCAGGCUCGGCCGGAAUGCGGACCUAAUUCUCCGUCACAGUACUCCCCAAAAGGUUAUGUCCCGCGUUUACGUCGCUUUCGAGUUCCACCCGACAACACAUUUCAUUUUGCUAUCUGUCCGGUCCAAAGCCUUGACCUCGGUGACGUUCGGUUUGGUGAGCCCCCCGGGAGACCCUGGAACGCCUGAAAAUACCAUGCCUGUGCCCACGCUUGGAGACGGGGUUAUCGUUUAUAGCAGAGAUCACACGGUUUCCAUCGCUUCCUACGAAUUCAAGCUCGUCUGGCGAACACUCUCUUCCACCCUCGGACAGAACAUCGCUCUUUUCAAGGACCUUGCUCUACAGGGUUACAACAGUUGCUUGCAGCGCAUGGCCGCCUUCGGAUCUCGAGACCGGCCGUCGGAUUACGACCAUACCGAAGCGCAGUCGUGGCACGUAACCAGAUUGAACACAGCCAAAUGCCAACUUUUCGAGGAGGUAAAGGAGGCCCGCGAGCGCCUAGGUGGUGAUGACAGUGGAGCCUUUGGUACUGUCUACAAAGCCGUUGACAAGAAAACCGGCAAUUUAUUCGCUAUCAAAGUGGUGAAGUUGGAAGGCGACCCCCUGCAAAUCCAAACUGCACGGGCGGCGCUGCACCGAGAGGUUAAGAAUCUUGAAAGACUUAACCACCCUCAUAUCAUCGAAUACCUUGGCUGUGGCGCUUUCGAGACAAACGCCCCAGAGAUCCGGACGCCGCUGCGCGAAGGUUCUUUGGCCUCUCUCACAAAAUCGGUCGAGAGCAAGCAGGAGAGGAGAAUACUCGCCAACUCUGUGACCGAGCAGAUACUCACCGCUCUCGACUAUCU